AUGGCAUCUAAGAAGCAUAACCCGCCCGCGCGGAAGAAGGGUGGCAUCCACUUUGUGAAUGCGAGACCCACCUCAGAGUUCGAACGCCUCAGACUUCAGCGCGUAGUACGCGCGCAUGUCGGUCGUUGGAUCUCCACUCAGACCAGCCGACGUUUGCAUACCUCCAGCCACUUGAAUGGCGCCAACCUUCAAACCAGCCGAGGUUUGCCCUCCGACAAAAACGGCCCUAGUCACUCUAUUGUUAUCGCGUCGCAUCCGCCUCUAAACCAGCCGCAGUACAAAAAUCCCCCGGCGAGCGAAAACCAUGACUUGCCCUUCUCUUUUAUAGCUCCCGUUAGCCGCCCUGGGACUUUCUCCGCAUUUUCCCCGCAAGAAAGUGACAGCAGUGAGAGCGGCGAUGAAGUAAUCACCCUGCCUCUACAGUCGGCGUCGGCGUCGGCCACAUUAUUACCCUGGAAUGAGAUUCUUGGAUUAGAUCGACAAGUCUCUGAGCAAAUAGAUCCCUUUAUGACAUAUCCCAAUCAUUUGGGAGUGACACCCGAGGUGGUGGAUGCAUGCCAAACCUACUGCCUCAAUACCAUGUGGCCAGGAGUCGUUCCUGGACAAGGCAGCUCUUUUAUGCCGAUAAAGUCAUCUCCCCGGCAAUCAUGGUUCUCGCUUGCUAGGUCGGACCCCACCCUCUUUUACCGCGUUUACGCGAUUCGUGACCCAUCACGUGCGAUCAGUGAUGCAGUUUUGUUGAGUGUCGUCUGCAUGGCACAUCAUGCAGCCCCUGUCGAAAUCAAAAUUCAAAGCACACCUUUUGAACCACCAUUUCAGCAAUUACAGUGGCUGGAUGUAUAUGGUUGUCUUUCUCCAAAUAUAAUCCAUGUCCAGGGAUUGGUACAGUUGCUCAAGUUGCGUGGUGGCUUGCGAAACAUUAAACUGCCCGGGUUGGCCGCAACGCUUUGUUUUUCCGAAGUUUUCGCUGCAGCCGUUUGGUGUGUCCAGCCUAUAUUUGAAUUUUGGCCCCUGAACGAAAGGCGUCUUGGAGUUCCGCUGCAGGAAUUGGUUGGCUUUGGCCCAUCCGAUAUUCAACGCGGUUUCGGAAAAUAUCAAGUGAUUGGCUUCACCCCCCAAAUGGCGGAGGCCUUCCAAGCCGCCCGAUCGUACGUCAGAAUCAUAAAUAAAAGUGAGGAAGGCCGGAAAAGUCGUAAUGAGGACCGUCUCGAUGAAUCACUACUCGCCGACCAACGAAACCUCACCGAGUAUACCCUCCUCACGCUUCUCCCCUCUGAGGCCAUUAUAUCCUACUUCUCCCAUUCAACCCAAGCCACAACCUAUGAAGCCUGUCGUCUAGCCGGCCUCAUAUUUGGUGUGGGGGUGAUCUUCCCGAUUCCUCAACAGAAUAGUCCUCUUAAGGGCCUCGCAAAGAAAAUCCGCGCCGCCGUCCUCCAGCCAACCGCAGUAGUCCUUUGGUCAUCGGAAAGCACCCGUAUCCCCCUGAUCUGGAUCUUAACCCUCGGUGGGAUCGCAGCCUUUGGAACACCCGACCGUUGGUUCUUCGUCUCUAGUCUAGCUGAUACUGUGCGUCGCGUCAAUAUACGUUCUUGGACCGAAACUAAGCUUUCCUUGGACAAAAUGCUCUGGCAUGAGGGUGCCUGCGAGAAGGCUGGUCGGAAUCUCUGGUGCGAAAUUGAGAGCUACUUGGAGGAAAACCCAACAGAAAUCGAUGUGAAGCCUCGGCUCCGCACUAAGUGA